AUGUCGUCUAUGCGCAAUGCCGUCGACCGGCGCGUUCAUCGCGAGCGUGCGCAGCCCCUCGAGCGCCGUCGCCUCGGCCUUCUCGAGAAGCACAAGGACUACUCCAAGCGAGCCAAGGACUACAACCAGAAAAAGGCGCAGCUCAAGUCGCUACGCGCCAAGGCCGCCGACCGCAACGAGGAUGAAUUCUACUUUGGCAUGAUGUCCCGCAAGGGUCCCGGCUCCCGCAUCAUGAACGGCAAGAACUGGACCGGCACCGUCGCGGGCUCCCGCGGCAACAAGGUUCUAGAUAUGGAAACGUCGCGGCUGCUCAAGACGCAGGAUAUGGGCUACGUUCGCACCAUGAAGCAGCUGGCGAACAAGGAGGUCGCCAAGCUGCAAGAGCAAGUCGUCAUGACGAGAGGCAUGGACCGCCUGGACGAGGACGACGAGGACGACGAAGACGAAGAGGAAAACGGCUCCGACAGCGAUGAUGACGAAGAGCCUGCACGCAAGCCGACAAAACAAAAGGCCGCGCGAGUGAUUCGCUUCUUUGACGACGAGGAUGCGCAAGAGGACGCCAUGGAGGCGCAGCUGGCCCUGGAAGAGCGAGACGCGGACCACGAGGCCGAGGGCGACAAGAAGGGGAGCGAGCAAGAAGAGGAGCGGGAAACGUCUCUUCGCAGACUGAAGCGACAACUGAAGACGGCGCGCAAAAAGGUUAGGGUGCUCACGGACGCCGAGGAGGCUCUCGAGGUGCAGCGCGCGAAAAUGGCCAAGACGGCGACGUCGGGCGGCUCGACGAGGCGCGGCAAGAAGCUCAUGGUGCGUACGCGCAAGAGGUAG